UCUAAUUUGUGCACAAAAAAAAGUGCAAUCUCAAUAGAGACAUACCAUCUCCUGACAAGGCUCCCAUUGAAUCAACAAUGGCUGCAUUCUUAGGCUCACCAGCCAUUAAUCUCCCUCGCCCUCUUCUCUCCAAAACUCAGCUCGCCAACUGCACUUCUCAACAAGGCAAACAACAAACUCAGUCCCAGCCUCAGACUCAGGCAAACCAACCUCUGAUUGCAAAGCCAGAGCCAGGACCAACACUACCGAAGCCAAAAUCCGUGUCAACGCCCGCAGAGUCCACAGACUGGAUUGCAUCGUCGCUGACGAGGCGGUUCGGGCUCGGCGCUGGGCUCGCAUGGGUCGGGUUCCUCGCGUUCGGAGUGGUGUCGGAGCAGAUCAAGACCAGGUUUGAAGCGUCUCAGCAGGAGGCUAAUACCAAGGAUGCAGAGAGUGAGGUCGAGGUGGCAUUGCCGAAUGGAAUCAGAUACUAUGACAUAAAAGUCGGAGGAGGAGCCACACUAAAACAAGGCGACCUAAUCGUCAUCGACCUCAAAGGCAAAGUAGCAGGAAGCAAUGAAGAAGAAUUCGUCAACACAUUUGAACAAGGGAAAAGGCCUCUAGCACUAGUAGUAGGAUCAAGGCCUUACACAAAAGGAAUGUGUGAAGGGAUUGAGUAUGUACUAAGAACGAUGCGCGCCGGAGGGAAGAGGAGGGUGAUUGUACCAGCAGCGUUAGGGUUUGGCGACGAGGGGGCGGAUUUGGGUGAAGGACAUCGGAUACCGCCAUCAGCAACACUUGAGUUUGUUGUUCAGGUUGAUAGAGUCUCCAUCGCACCGGCUUGAAGCUGUGAUAUGAGGAGAUGUUUGUAUGUUUCAAUUUGUAGUGACGUGGUACCUUUGUGUUUCCGAGCACAAUGUUCAUAUUGGUCGUCAUUAGAAAAUUUUAUUCAUGUACGUAAUCAAUA